AGAACUCGAAUCGUCUAGUGUACUUUUGUACAAAAAGAAUGUUUGAUCUUACUGGCAAGAACGUCUGCUAUGUGGCCGACUGUGGAGGCAUUGCAUUGGAGACCUGUAAGGUGCUGAUGACCAAGAACAUUGCCAAACUAGCUAUUCUGCAUAGCGUGGAGAAUCCCCAGGCAAUUGCCCAACUACAAUCGAUAAAGCCCAGCACGCAGAUAUUUUUCUGGACCUAUGAUGUGACUAUGGCAAGGGAGGACAUGAAGCAAUACUUUGACGAGGUCAUGGUUCAAAUGGAUUACAUCGAUGUGCUGAUCAAUGGAGCAACCCUAUGCGAUGAGCGAAAUAUUAACGAUACAAUCAAUACAAAUUUGACUGGAAUGAUGAACACUUGUGCCACAGUGUUACCCUAUAUGGAUAAAGCGCAGCUUGGCAAGGGAGGACUGAUUGUGAAUGUGACCUCUGUGGUCGGAUUGGAUCCUUCGCCAGUUUUCUGCGCCUACAGUGCCUCAAAAUUUGGUGUCAUUGGCUUUACACGCAGUCUGGCGGAUCCCCUGUACUAUACCCAAAAUGGAGUUGCUGUGAUGGCAGUUUGUUGUGGACCCACCAAAAUGUUUGUCGAUCGGGAACUGACCGCCUUCCUUAGCUACGGGCAACCCUUUGUUGAUCGUCUGCGAACGGCACCUUGUCAAUCGGCAACCAUAUGUGCCAAGAACAUUGUCAAGGCCAUCGAGUGUGCUGAGAAUGGGCGAAUCUGGAUAGCGGACAAGGGUGGACUUGAGCUGGUCAAGUUGCAUUGGUAUUGGCACAUGGCCGAUCAGCUUCUCAACUAUAUGCACAGUCCGGAGGAGGAAAAGGAGGAUGAUUAAAUAAAACAGCCAACUUGUAUUUGAUAAAUAAACAUAAAUAAUUAAAAUUC